GGUUCCACACACAGGGCAUUCAUCACAUCACAUCCAAAGCAUCACAACAGGGAGUGGAGCUAGAUCUCUUAUUUUUCCCUUUUUUUUAAAUUUUAUUCUGAAAUCCUUCCAUGGGUCAUAUAUCCCUAAAUUCAUUUUCCUGAAGAUGUUGAGAACGCGUCGCCCCAUUGUGAUUUUUGUCAGUUUUAUAAAACUGUGUUUUCUUCGUCGGGUGGAAUUUGUUUUCACGGUGGUCGUUUUUUGUCCGUUCGUGUUUGGGUGACUGAAUCUGUGUCCUCUCAGGAUAGUCACUCCUCGCUGCUGCCGCCGCAUCAUAGGACCCGGAGUCUGACUCACUAUCACCUGCUCCCGAUGGAAAUCGUAAAACGAUUCCCUGUUUUGGAUAAUGCCCGAUCACGUGAACUAUUCAUGUCACCUUUGGGCAUGAAAGACUCCAGGUUGAUGUCGGUUCUCACCGCAGAACAGAAGAAGUUGUAGCAGUAAGUGCGACUAAAGGAGCAAAAGUCAGUAUAGAAUUUGAUUUUACUUCUUUCUGAGAAGAAUGCGCAUUCUGUUUUAAUUUCAAUUGUGGUCUAAAAAUAAGGAGCUUGUGUGUUUUUAAUGACUCCUGUUUGACAUAAGUAACAGGUCACUUAAAAAUUUGUUUUCAGAAUCAGAUGCGUCCACGAAUCUAAUCUCAAGCAUAUAUUUGAGAAGAAAGACGACUUCAAAUAAAUGUUUCAUCCUAUAAUUGCGAUUUCUUUAACCUCCCGACAUACUUUUACGCAGCGCGCGCGUCAGGUUUUUGGUUUUACGCGCGUCUGCCAUUCUCCGUAAUGAACGCCGGGGAGAGCGCCUCUAAGGGGCAUGAGGACUCCAACUCCCAGGGGGACUUUAGAGAACGCAGGGAGGCCUGGUCCCGUGCAUAAUCGCGCUGCAGCAUGCCCUCCUGGCCCAAUGACUCGGAGUGCCUCCCGCGUAACUGCAGCUGGGAGGAGACCUACAACACCACGAGCAGCGCCGACCAGCCCGCGCCUCCGCUCAACUACUACUCAAUCCCUCUCCUCACGUUCAUCACCGUCGCCUGCUCGCUGCUGUUUCUGGUUGGAGUGGCCGGGAAUGUCAUGACCAUCCUGGUGGUGAGCAAGUACAGGGAUAUGCGCACCACCACCAACCUCUACCUGUGCAGCAUGGCUGUGUCUGACCUGCUUAUUUUCCUUUGCAUGCCGCUGGACCUCUACCGCAUGUGGAGGUACCGGCCCUGGCGCCUCGGAGACGCGCUCUGCAAACUCUUCCAGUUUGUGUCCGAGUCUUGCACGUACUCCACCAUCCUGAACAUCACCGCGCUGUCGGUGGAGCGCUACCUGGCCAUCUGUUUCCCGCUGCGCGCCAAAGCUCUGGUCACCAAAAGGCGAGUGCGCGCACUGAUCUGUGUUCUGUGGACGGUGUCCCUGUUUAGCGCGGGGCCUGUGUUUGUCAUGGUUGGAGUGGAGAGGGACAAUGUGGAACCACUAAACCUCACGUCCCGGAUUAAUACAACUGGCUUGCUUUUGGAUGUUGGGGACACUCGGGAGUGCAGGAUGACGCACUACGCCGUUGAGUCAGGCCUGAUGGGGGCCAUGGUGUGGCUGAGCUCGGUGUUUUUCUUCAUGCCAGUGUUCUGUCUGACGGUGCUGUACAGUCUCAUUGGCCGUCGUCUGUGGCAGAGGCACAGGGAGACGAACAUGAGCUCCCGUGUGGCUCACAGAGACAAAAGCAAUAGGCAGACCAUCAAGAUGCUGGUGGUGGUCGUGUUGGCCUUUGUUCUGUGCUGGUUGCCCUUCCACGUGGGCCGCUACCUGCAGUUCCGCUUCCUGGACGCGCCCUCUCCGCUGCUGUCCGUGCUUUCCGAGUACUGCAGCCUGCUGUCUGUCGUGCUCUUCUAUCUGAGCGCGGCGAUAAAUCCGAUCCUCUACAACACCAUGUCGUGGAAGUACCGGGGUGCGGCAGCGCGCCUGUUCGGCCUGACCGACGGACAGCCGUCCCGGUGCCGCACGGCCAGCACCUUGAAGGGCGACGGCUCAAGCGGCUGGACAGAAUCCACUGUGAGCUUUUGAACCCAACCGAGUUAAGGAGCCAACCUGGAAGCCAUCAUUUCUGUCAGAGAGGGGACGAUCUCCAAAGACUUGCCUUUAUUGAAUGAGAGCAUGAACCACAAAAGGUGAAGCUGCUUAAACUGAAUUAUUGCAAAAGCUAGUUUUGCUCUUAAACGUUCCGCGACGUGUCAGAUUCUUUCAGCAAGUGCCAUAACAUUUGAAAGUGGAGUGUAAACGACCUUCACACCAUCUGGAAAUGCUUCUUGGCCUGAAUAUGAACAAAAAAGAGGAGCAUGUUGUACAUAUAAACGUAAAUAUCACACACAUCUACAAAUGCCUUAUACCGUAUUCUGGAUGACAAAAGGAAGCACUGUAGAAUUUUAAAACUCGUAUUUCUCUGUACUCCUUCAAAGCGGGGCAGAGGUGCAGAUUGUGUGCAAGCGUGUGUGUAACUGUGUAGCAGACUGUCAGUGAGGCAGACUCAGUGUUAUCCAUAUUUCCAAAGACCUGCAUGUUGAAUUUCCACUCCAUGCUUGCGCUGAUGCUGCAAACAGGGGUCGCAGUUGCUGGCAUAAAAGGGUAUUCUGGUGUUUUAGUGCCUGAACAGCAGUGCUUUAAUUGUACUUUACAUUUUUGGAUUGAAAGCUUUGUUUUUUAUAGGGAUGGGCUGAUUAGGACUCGGGGGGGGGGGGGGGGGGGGGGGGGGGUCAGUUCGUCCCUUUGCCAUUUUGUUUCCUCAUUUUCUACCCACUCAUUGUCAUUUCACCCCUUCCUCCAUUUUGUAGCCAUGCACUAAUCAUUUCUCACACAGUGGAUUUUCGUCAAUCUCUGGACUGAUUUCCACAAAGUGCGAUGGCUGAUUUCAAAUUCUUUUGAGACCUCCUGAGUCCUUCCAUACUCAAAAGCUGACACAAUCUAGAUUUUAAAAGGCUCAAGUCUUUUAAUCUCACCAGCACUUUGUCUGGUGUCUGUAAUAUUCUCUGGAUUUAUGGUAACACGUUGCUGCCCUUCCUCCUGCUGCUCAGCUGGCUGAAAUGGAGUAAAACAGUUUUCUGUUGCUCAAAUUUGACCGUUUGAAAAUAUCUCCGGUUGAGCCAACACCCGGACUAAGUAACCAGCUAGUAUAAGCAAAUAAAAACAAACAGGCUAUGAUACUUUAAAUAAUCCCCAUGCAAUAGUAGGAUUGCAGUGUUGGGAAUAAUAGUUUCUAUCUGGUUAUCAACAAAAACAGGAAGAUCGUGUAAUAACUUUCUAUUUUUAAUCUAUGUGUACAAACCGGCCCCUUGCCUAGAUUAGAAGUAAAUAUCAGACUCUGUCCAUUACCAGGCAUCUUUCCACCUUAGAUUGGUCAUCUGAGAUUAAAAAAAAGAAUCUGAUGAGGCACAUGUUUCUUGUUUUCACUAGAUUAUUAUGAAAAUAACCAUUCUGAACAUACUGUUCUAGAGAUAUUAGUUAUAUGUUUCACUGCACUGCAAAAACACAAAUAGCUUGAUUUUGUUGUAUAAAUCAACGUUCUCAUUUCUAAUAGCUAAGCUCACUCUGUGAUUUGUUAUUUGGACACUCUUAUAGCGUGUUGCAGAUUUAACUUUUUCUUACAUGCUGUCUGAAUGUGCUGCCAGCUGAACACAGAUGUGUUAUCUAAAUUCUUCUUGCAGUUCAUUUUGGUUAAUGAGUGUUGCACUAAUAAAAAAACACAUGGUAUUAUAUUUUUUUACUGCCUUUUCUUUCUUUUUUUUACUUUUAAGGUUUGUUUCAGCUAUUGUUUUCACGACACUAAGAUUUUGCCUUCUCAGCACUUCUACAGGGUUAGUUUUUGAGUACAAUUUUCUACUUUAAAAAGUGAGCAUAAACCAUGGUUUGCCUGUUUUCCCUUCAAAAUAUGCUUAUUGCAUCACAAAUCAUCUUCUGUUUCAUAUUUUACACCAGAGUGUGUCAGUUGUACAUUUGUUAAUAAAUGGCAUUUUAAAGCAUUUGAACUGAAAAAAAAAUUGUUUCUAAAUGUGUUGUACUCUUGUCAUUUACCACAACAGCAGCCUUUGUUUCUAUCCCUGCUGCUUUUGAAAGUGAAUAUUAUUAAAAGUAAGACGUGUGGAUUAAUUAAGGACCGUGUGCCAUGUGUUGUAUCAUCCUUUGGAUCAACGAACAACCUGUAAGCCAUGACGUUAUCCCUGCUUCAGCUUGUAAUUAGAUCCUUUGGACAGUUUGGUUCUGUGCAGCAGUUAAAAUCACCACAGCAGUGCUCUGGAUUUAAUACGUGGCCUCUUGGCAGUAAAGAAUGUAUUUCUGCUAAAUGAAUUUUUGCGAUUGUAUAUACUGUUAGCAGGACGAUAUAUUUAUUAAUGUACUAAAUGUAUAAUGAUUAAAAGAAGACAAAAAGUUUUA